AUGCCGCCACAGCUGCGCUCACCUCAAGAGCGCCGCCCAAGUCCUCCCCCUCCCACCGGCGGCAUGUACUACUCCAACGACAUGGAAGCAUUCUACGACGCCUGGGUGGGCCGGGAGGAGCAGAUCGUGGCCGACCUCACGGCGGCGCUCGCGCUCCCGCCCCGGCGCUGGAGCGACGCGCUGGCGCCGCUCGUGGACACCGCCGUCGCGCACGUCGCCGCCUACUACGAGCACAAGUCCUGGCUGGCCGACCACGACGUCGUGGCCGCGCUGGCUCAACCCGCUCGAGCGCACCUUCCUGUGGGCCUGGGGAUGGAAGCACGCGCUCAUGUUCCGCUUCGUGGAGACUAG